AGGUCAGUCUUCCUUCUCCUCGCAGUUCUUACUGUCAUGUAUAACUUGUUUCGCUGAAUCCUUCUACUUAGAUCACCAUCGUCAGUCUUUUCUCACGGAUUUUUCGAAAGUCCGUUGAAAUCUCUCAGAUUCUUCUCGACCUCUUCUGAGAUUGUAUCAUCUCCGAAAUCUGCUUCGUUGGCCUCUAAUGCCAUUCAGCUCGAGAAUAAUCGGAAGGCUGUAAUUGCGUUACUUGCGGAUCAUGGAUUCUCUCAAUUACAAAUCUCUGACCUUGCUAGGAGGCGGCCUCAAAUUCUUUCUGCGAACCCCGAGAAAAUCUUAUUGCCCAAACUGUUGUUUUUUCAAUCUAAAGGUCUUUCUUCCCCAGAGAUCGCCAAAUUAGUAUGUUCGUUUCCCGUGUCUUAUCAGGAAGUUUAAACAAACGAAUGAUUCCAGCCUUUGAUUACAUUCAAGCCGUGCUUGGAAGUGAGGAGAAGACUCUCGCUACCAUAAAACACUUCGCCGUUAUUCUCUGUCAUGACCUCCGAAGUUCAGUUGGUCCCAAUAUUGAAAUUCUGAAACAAAUUGGAGUGCCGGAUUCAAAUAUUUCAAUUUAUCUUCAGCAGAAGCCUAAAAUGUUCUUGACAAGUUCCAUCCGAUUCAAGGAGAAUGUUGACAGAGUUAGGGAAAUGGGAUUCAACCCUCAACGAUUGCUGUUUGUUGUUGCUGUUUCUGGUCUGCAACGAAUGACCAAAUCUACAUGGGAUAAGAAGGUUGAAGUUUAUAGGAAAUGGGGAUUGUCUGAAGAAGAGAUCUGUUUGGCUUUUAGAAGGCAUCCAUGGUGUAUGAUGCUUUCUGAGGACAAGAAUAAUGGUGCAAUGGAUUUCUUUGUCAACAAAAUGGGAUGCGAAUCAUCUUUAGCUGCUACUAGACCUCUUUUACUUUCACUUAGUUUGAAGAAGAGGAUUUUGCCAAGAGGCUAUGUUUAUCAAGUGUUGCUGUCAAAGGGUUUGAUUAAGAAACACGGGAAUCCUGUUUCUUUCUCUGGGAUUCCUGAAAAGCGUUUCAUAGAAAAAAUCAUCAACCCUCGUAAGGAGCAGAUUCCUGGAUUGUUGGAGUUGUAUAAACAGAAAUUAAAGGAUUCUUGAUGAUGAACAGGUUCGAUCAGCAUGAAAAUUUAAUCGUUUUUCUUCUGAACAGAAAGCUCAUACCAUUCACUAAGUUUCCUUCCAUGAUCAUGUGUAUAACACAGUGAAUGCAUUUAAUUGCACUAAUUUAAUAAAUCAAUAUAUAUUCUCCUUAA